AUGGUCACGAUCCACAUCGAAGUCGUUUCCGACACCCUUUGUCCCUGGUGCUACAUCGCCAAAGCCAAUCUCGACCGCGCCAUCGCCCUGCACCGCGAGCGCGACCCUGAUACUGUCUUCCACGUGGUGUGGAAGCCCUUCUACCUGUACCCCAACUUGCCUCCAACUAACCAACCCCGAGCGCCCCUUUACCCCUUUGCGCCAGAUAUUCAGUCCCGCCUCACGACCGCCGCCCAGGAGGCCCGCCUGACGCUGUCCCCCGCGUCCUUCACGGCUGGCAGAGCAGGGAACUCCCGCCCAGCCCACCAGCUCCUACGCCACCUCGCUCGCUCCCAGUCGUCGUCGCCAGCAUCAACCCCGUCUCCGAGAGCCACAAGCUCCUCAGCACCCUUCCCGUCAGUCCCCGGCCACGGUUACGCGCAGCCCCGCGGCGCCAUGCCUGCCUAUUCCACACCACAGUCCCGCUUUCUCGACGCUCUCUUCCAUGCCCACUUUGCUCGAUGUCUCGACGUCUCCAACCGAGAGGUUCUCCUCGAGCUCGCGGUCAAGGCGGGUCUGGGGCGCGCCGAGGCACAUGACGUACUCGAGAGUGAGGAGAGCCGUCGGGGGACGGACGAAGAGGCAGCGCGCGCGAGGGGGGAGAGGGGCGUCGAGGGAGUCCCGACCAUGACCAUACAGGGUCAAUGGAGGGUCGGCGGCAUGCAGGGCGUUGAAUUGCUGCUUGGCGUUUUCGAGAAGGCAGCGAGGGGAGUCGCAGCUGGAGGAGCGGGCGGUAGCGGCGGCAGAAGUCACUACGAAGGGGCAACGAGGCAGGGGAGUCGAGGGAGUGACAUGUGGCUGAGUAGCAUACUAGACGCAUGA